AUGGCGAUUAGGCAUCCCGGGUUUUACUUUCAACCCACCGACGAACACCUCUUUUUCCAUUACUUGUUGCAGAGGCUGAAUCAAGAACCUCUGCCCGAUCCAAACGUUGUCCGCGAUUGCAACGUGUACGGCGGUGAUCCCUGGAAGAUCUUCGGCAAGGAUAGGGACAAGAAGUUCUAUGUUUUCACUGUAUUGAAGAAGAAGAACAAAUCGAGAGUGGAUAGGACUGCUGGCUCGGGUACUUGGAAAGGUGAACGGAGUGACGACAUCAGGGAUUCGCAAGGUAAACUAGUUGGCUACAAGAAACUCUUUUCUUUCAAAUCGAAAGCUAGAUUGAGUGCAAAAGCCGACAAGGCCGAGAAUGGGCACUGGAUCAUGUGCGAGUACUCGACGCAUCCACACAAUGAAACCGAAUGUGUCCUAUGCGUAAUUAGAAACAAAUACGCCGAGAAAGUAAACAAAAACGGGUGCCGUAAUCUGCACGGCCGCGUGCAACUUGAGGAAGAGAAUCGACGAGCAAAGAAGGCGGCACGCCCACUCCGCUACGAUCACGCAAAUGCCAUCGACGAUCCUUCCACGGCAUUGCCACUCUCAACUCCGGCCGCUGCUCAAGCUCGACCGGCUGCUUCCCCAGCGAUCAACGAAGACGCUGUCCCUGAUCCACCUCCGACCGUGACUCCAAUUGUGACGUGGACCGUUCCACAAUAUAUCUGCUGCGAUGCAAAUUAUGUCAAUUCACUUCCUACGACCACUACGACAGUGCAACAAGAUACUUGUGGUUUCGGUUCCCUGGCCUUUGGCGGCACUGCGUGCCUCAAUCCUACGACGACAGCGGCAGUGGCUGUGCAAGACGACAUCUUCUACGCCGCUGAUUCCCAGGCUUUCGCAGCAACGGAAACACCAAUCCUCUUCCUCCAGCGGCAGCGAACAUGCAAGGAGAUACCUGCAACGCGGCUUGCCGGGCUUUCGGCGGCCCAAUUGCCGAUCUGCUUCCUACGACCAGCACGGCCGCACAAGGGGUUGACCGUAAAUGGGCGCAUCAGUCAAUGA